CUCUCUUUUAUUUUUGGAGGGGAGGAAGAAGGUUUUUGUGGUUGGAAUGGAGGGAUUGGUCCUCUACCUGCGCCAGUCCUGGCCCAAAGCCGCGCAGACCUGGGGUUCCUUACCAGCCAACUGGCCAGGACUUCCAGCAUAAGAUCUGGGAUUUGGGGCUCUCCAUGCACUGAGAGAGUCUCUCACUGGAUCUGUUCGGUGAAGUAGCAGCAAAGACUUUGCAGCCUUGGACUUCUCUUCUGCAACAGCAGUAUUUGGGGGGGAGGGGGGGCAGGGACGGGGGAGGGGAACAUCAGAAAAGGUGUCAGGAGACCUUUCACGUUCUCUGCAUGCUUGACUCAGGGAUGAGCAAAGGCAGAGUCAACGCAUACAGCAUAGUAUCCUCUGAGGAAGACGGGCUGAGGUUGACCACCAUGCCAGGAGUCAACGGCUUUGGGAACGGUAAGAUCCACACCAGGAGGAAAUGCCGGAAUAGGUUCGUGAAGAAGAAUGGCCAAUGCAAUGUCGAGUUCACCAACAUGGAUGACAAGCCUCAAAGAUACAUCGCUGACAUGUUCACGACAUGUGUCGACAUCCGCUGGAGGUACAUGUUGUUGCUCUUCUCCCUUGCCUUUCUGGUGUCCUGGUUAUUAUUUGGGCUGAUUUUCUGGCUCAUUGCACUUGUCCAUGGAGACCUAGAAAACCCAGCCGGGGAUGACAGCUUCAAGCCUUGUGUUCUUCAAGUGAACGGCUUUGUGGCUGCUUUUCUGUUCUCCAUUGAAACCCAAACGACGAUCGGCUAUGGAUUCCGCUGCGUGACAGAGGAGUGCCCGAUUGCCGUCUUCAUGGUGGUGGUGCAGUCCAUUGUGGGGUGUAUAAUCGACUCCUUCAUGAUUGGGGCAAUCAUGGCAAAGAUGGCCAGGCCCAAGAAAAGGGCCCAAACGUUACUUUUCAGCCAUAAUGCUGUUGUGGCCAUGAGAGAUGGGAAGCUCUGCCUGAUGUGGAGAGUAGGGAACCUUCGAAAAAGCCACAUUGUGGAAGCCCAUGUGAGAGCUCAGUUAAUUAAGCCUAGAAUCACCGAGGAGGGGGAAUAUAUCCCCCUUGAUCAAAUAGACAUUGACGUUGGGUUUGACAAAGGCUUGGACCGUAUUUUCUUGGUGUCGCCAAUCACUAUUCUUCAUGAGAUCAAUGAGGAAAGCCCGCUGUUUGGAAUUAGCCACCAGGACCUGGAAACAGAUGACUUUGAAAUUGUGGUGAUCCUUGAAGGGAUGGUAGAAGCCACAGCCAUGACGACACAAGCUCGGAGCUCCUACUUGGCCAGCGAGAUCCUGUGGGGCCACCGCUUUGAGCCCGUCCUGUUUGAGGAGAAAAACCAGUACAAAGUAGACUACUCACACUUCCACAAAACCUACGAGGUGCCGUCGACCCCGCGCUGCAGUGCUAAGGACUUGGUGGAGAACAAAUUCCUGCUCCCUAGCACCAACUCCUUCUGCUACGAGAAUGAGCUGGCCUUCAUGAGCCGUGAUGAGGAGGAGGAGGAGGAGGAUGAUGACAGCAGGGGUCUGGAUGACCUGAACCCGGACAACAGGCAUGAAUUUGACAGGCUUCAGGCCACGAUAGCACUGGAUCAGAGGUCAUAUAGAAGGGAGUCAGAAAUAUGACCCAGGGCCCCUCCGCUAACUGAUCUGAGGUUAUUUUUCCUCUCAUCUCUUCCCCUACCACCUGCUCAACUUAUGCAGAACAAUGCAAGUGCCAUAGGAAUGCUUGAGAAAUUAGUAUUGUUUGUAGUUUUAAGUUUCAUUGCAAUAACCACUGACCGGUCUGUGAUAGGAAACCACAGCAGGCCACAGAGUGUUUUGAACUUCCAGUGUUGAUAAAGCUAUUAGAAAAUGUACUGGAAGCAGAUUCAGUAUGGCGGCACAGAUAAGGGAGAACACCGGGGGCGGGAUCUGCAGGAGUACCUUCUUUGCACGCAGAGAGCUGGUGAUUUUGUUUUCUUUCACUCUGUGAAAAUGAAAGCAUUUCCCUGGAGCUGAGCUCUGCGAGGUUCAAAAGGAGGAAAUAUCAGGAAACAAAUCCUUUUGGUUGGUUUCGUUUUUUUUAACUGAACACAAACAUUAUAUAUAUUUCUGGCAGGAGAUGUGAUUCGGUUGCACAAGAACGACACUUGAAAACAUGUAAUGUAAAGUACUCCUUUUUCAAUUUGGGGGAAGGGAAAUGAGGUUUGAAUUUGUCAACUUAGUGCCCGGGAGAUUGUUUACCAAUAAUAAUAGUGUAAUAAUCAUACAUUCAAAAUGUGAUUCGAUAUAUUUGUAAAACAAAGAAGGCAAUGAAGAAGCUGCAUGAAUUGUUUUAGGGCUGACUCCCAGGGUGUUCAGCAGGCUGCCUCCUGGUUAUUGGCUGGCAAAGCUUUGUAACCGGGUCACAGCACUGACGGGCAGAAGCCCAGUGGCAGCAAAAGCAAGGAGCACAAUUACUGGCAACGUAGCACAGGGAAUGCUAGACUCUGGGAUAAACAAACAAUUAAUAAUAGUAAUAAUUAAGAAUAAUAAUGAACACGCUGAUGGAAAUAUUUAUUUUUGGGGUGGAGUGGGAUUGAGCGUGUCUGCUGGGUUAUCAUUUUUGAGCACUGAUAUUUUGUUUUUUGCACCUUUGGCUAAAAUGAGCGGGAUUCUCGUUUGGGGUAAAUCAGCUUUGCUCCGUUGAGUAGCUAAGGAGCAAGCUUCUGUUCUGAGUCACUUGUAGUCAGUGGGGUUGUUACUGAGAAUGAAAAGUGGCCUCAUGGGCCAGCCUUUAAAUCAAGGGUGGCCAAUCUGAGCUGAGAAAGAGCCAGACUUUACCAAUGUACAUUGCCAAAGAGCCACAGUAAUAUGUCAGCAGCCCCCCGCAUAAGCUCCCCCCGCCACUCCCAGCGCCUCCUGCCCACCGGCAGCCCCACCGAUCAGCACCUCUCUUUCCCUCCCCACACCUCCCGAUCAGCUGUUUCGUGGCAUGCAGGAGGCUCUGGGGGGGGGGAGGGAGAGGAGCAAGGGCAGUGCAGGAUCAGGGGAGGGCGCGGGAAGGGGUGGAGUGGGGGCAGGGCCUGGGGCAGAGCCAGGGGUUGAGCAGUCAGCACCUCCCAGCACACUGGGAAGUUGGCGCCUGUCGCUCCAGCCCCGGAGUCGGUGCCUAUACAAGGAGCCGCAUAGUAACGUCUGAAGAGCCGCAUCCGGCUCUGGAGCCACAGGUUGGCCACCCCUGCUUUAAAUGGUGUAAAUGGAGCAGCCGUCUACUUAUUCACUUCAGAUUUACACUAGCUUUGGAUCUGCCUCCGUAUCUCCAGUGGGACCAUUCAGAAUGUUUAUUUUUUUAAGGAAUGGAAUGGAAGUUCUAGAAGUCAGGUAUUGCCCAUUUUCCCCAAAAGUCUGACUCUCCCUCCCCCACAAACAAUUCCGUUGUUUUAAACAUGAAAACCUAUGUGCACUAUUUUUUUUGGUCCUUUUGCACAGAGCAAAAUUCACAAUGCAUUGGUUGCCCUCCCUUG